AACUAUAACAAAACUUUGAGUUGGUAUUCUUACUAGUGAUAGAUAUAUCCGAGGUUUAUCCACAAAGGUGAACAAAUAACUUGUUGGCUGCACAACUUCUUAUCGUGCCAUACUUUUUGGUGUCAUUGACAACUUUAUAUCAUCUACAAGAAAUUGUCGGUCACAAUGGCUAUUGCUGAAGUUCCAUCACCCGAUGCUGGUGAGAGUCUUUUGAGAGAGGAAGUGAGAUAUGCGCAAGAGCACGACUUGCAGACUUUGAGUAUCUACUCCCCGAGACACAGCAGGGUUGUUGCGGAUGGUGUCUCAGAUCCCAAUACAACAUCAUCAUCUAAGAUAUGGAUUAUGUAAGAAACGUAUCACGUGCUUGAUAAUCUACCAUAAUUCUAACUUCUUCUCCAGUUACAUCCAUGGAGGAGCAUGGCGUGAUCCACUUGUCACCUCGUCCUCUUUCGUCCCAACGAUUAACCGUCUUUUGACUUCAUCCAUUAAAUCCAAGAUCGCCUCUUAUGUCUCCAUUGAUUAUCGACUUUCAGCCCAUUCAUCUUUCCCUCAGGAUUCUUCUUCAGUCCCUAAGCAUACAUACCGCAAUGCCAAGCACCCUGAUCACUUACAAGACAUCUGUUCCGCGCUGUCCUACUUACAGUCCAAAUACUCUAUCGAAGAUCAAUACCUGCUUGUGGGCCAUUCGUGUGGAGCUACGCUAGCACUGCAAGUUCUAAGAGGAAAGGAGUAUGCCCGUUCUUGUGGUAUACUAUGUGAAUCUCUAAAUUUCAGACUCCCACAAUACUUUCUCGGAGCAGCUGGAAUCUACGAUUUGAGGUUACUUCGUGAUACACACCCGCAUCCUGCAUAUAAUGAGUUUCUCACGGAGGCAUUUGGAGGCGAUGAAAAAGCCUGGGAUGAGGUUUCACCAGCGAGGUUUCCGUACUUCAUGGGUAUCGACGGAAAGAAGAAGGUUCUUGCUUUUGCUACUUCGCCCGAUGAUGAGCUAGUUGAUGACAUGCAAAUCGAUGUCAUGGUGAAAAGUGUGCAGAGCGUUGCUGAUGGGAUGGUGGUGAAGAACCUCAAAGGUAUAUUGAAAGGGACGCACAAUAAAAUAUGGGAGACUGGUAAUCUGGCAGUUGCAAUAGAGGAGCUUUUAUGCCAUCUCAAAUCGCCGAAUAGGGACUGCAGCCUCUAAUUUGACUUCGUUGAAUUUAACUUGACCGAAGGAUUCCAUUACAAUCGUUGAUUAGUGGUGCAUAUUUGAGUGUUUUUUUCCGUCGUUUGACCAUUGCCCAAAAACUGGAGUUUACAGCGGGUAGCAGAAGAACAAAGGAUUAGCAUCGGCACAGAUCUGUCAUAUUGGUCGGUACGGCAGCUCGUCUUGCCAAUUCUGAGAAACUGUUUGCAGGACCUGAUCAUGCAUAAUUAGCUGAUUUUGUUCGACAUAUGGUACACGCACGGAAUUAGGAACCACAAGCUACGUCACAUCACUAUGAUCUGGUUUUGUUGAUUGGGGUUCUGCAAUUGUUUUGAAAACGCCACUGGGUACUCUUACCGAAUAAAUCUGUCCUGGUAAUGUCCAAGGUCAAUUGAAGUGUCUAAUUCCUUGGAGAGGAUAUAUGUUA